AUGGAGCACUCAAAAGCCUCAUCAUCGACUCCUCUCGGGAGCUCUGCUGCUUCGUCAUCACCCGAUGCCAUUUCUCAACGAUUGAUGGUUCAAUGCUUCCGUGAGCUUUUUAUAAAGAUGGAUGUGCUGGAAGAGAGUUUACCUGCAGCAUCGGACUCAAAGAAAAAUCAACAAGAUGAACAAUCAAGAAAGCAAAAUGAACAAUCGGAAUGGGGAGACUUUGUUCCUUUAAAAAGAGAAGAAGUGAUGGAGCUUAUUGAAGGAGGAAAAAAGCGAACACAAGUUUUACAAAAAAACCAAUAUUUGAACAUGACUGUGGAAGAUACGCAGAGAGAAACUAAGAAAAGGCUGACAACGCUAAUAAGGGCCGCUAAAACCAUGCAAUGCACUGAUGAAAAUGUUUCAACCAUUGAGAAUUGUUUAACGCUAAUAUUUGAAAUUUUACAUAAUGGCCUAAUGAGAAAUGGUUUGAAAGUGAUAACAUCUCAAAAAGGAGGUCAGCUCGAUGAUUUAAAAAUCAUUUCUGGUUAUUUGUAUAAGGAUUCAAAAGAGUCAAAAACAGGAAGCAAUGAGAUUGAAAAUAAUGUGAGCGGAUCAUCUUACUUGGAAUCACUUUCAGGAAUUAUUUCAACAUUGAAGGGCAAGAGAGAUUCUACAAACAACAUUGUUUUUUUGAAAGCAUUAAUUGCAUCUAUUCUUUGCUACUUUGACCUCAAUCAGCAAGAAUCUCACAAACAUUUUGUUGAAUUGGCUUGUCACGUUCUGCAAUUUCUUAUCAAUGAAUGCUACAAAUUGGUGUAUCCCGAUCCACGUGAAUUGCUCUAUAGAGGCACGCGAGACGAUGCAUCUGAUGCACAUUUGCGCAGAAUUCAAAAUUACUUUGGCCUCAAUACGAACGAAAUUGUCGAAGAGAUAGAAAAGCCUCCAUUAGAAGGAAUAAUUUUAACACCUCUGGAAUUUUGUCAACUUUUCAGAGUUUACAGUUACAUGGUGCAGAAAGCUCUUUCUACUGCAUAUCCAUUUACAAUAACGAUCAAUGCGAAUCUCCUUAUUAACCGAGUACUCCAAGAGGCCUUCUUACUGCAGGCUAUUUCCACACAAGUUUUAAAGAAGCCAAAUAGGGAUAUUAAGUCCAUUUUAUAUACUUCAAACACAGAUGGUCAAAAACUACAAUCGUCUUUCUAUGCUAUAAUUUUACCAACUAUCCAUUCAGAAUGUUUAAAGGUUCUUUCUUCACUCAUCAAUGCAGGAUCAGAGCAAUUACUACCUUAUAUUAAUAGUAUUUGUCAAAUACUGGUCACAGAAACUAGAAAUUGGAAGAGUUCGAUACUGAUCGCGCUUUGUGACUAUUGCAAUAGUGAGCCGUAUUUUGAAGUGUAUAAAGAACUAAUGAGAUGUCUCACCAUUUUGUCAUCCAAGCAUGGAGGAAAAACCAGUGAAAAGUGUACUCGCCUUGUCCUACCACAUUUAAUUGACAUAAUUUCUCAAUUCACGUAUUUUGUGGAUAGUCAAAUAUUUUCUUUACCUUUAACUCAGGUCCAACAACAGCAUGCUGUUGAGAAUUAUGAGCUAUCUUCCAAAAAGAAGAAGAAAAAGCAAAGCACCGUAGAAGAAGACCUCGUUUUAAAUCCAGAAAUUUUCAAUCAAUUUUCUAGAAUUGUGUUUAUCACACUUAAAGCUAUUCACCAUAUGAUGAACGAUAGUAGUGUCCUAAUAACUGUGACAAGACAAGUAGAUUCUCGAUACAAGUCCACAUCAGAAACUGAAAACUCUGUAGUAGAUGUGCUGAACACAAUUGUUGACUUUUUAUCAUGCAUUAUUGGAUUUGUAUCCAAGUGGCAUGACCUUGAUGCCUUCUUCUCCACAUCAAACAUUUCAAUUUACAGCGCUUCUCAAGUCAGAAGUUAUCAUGAAAACUUGAUUCCCAUUAUUAUUGCCAUGUAUGAAGCACUACUUCCAUCUCUCCUUUCUACUUCGUCCGUUCACACGCAGUCACCUUUCCUUUCUCAUGCUUUACUAAUUUUACAAAAAGGAAAGUCUAGCUUGGUUCCAGAGCUAGUUUCCACUUGCAUGAGUGGAUUGAACGUUUUGGAAGGAUUUUUACACCCCAAGUCAGCCCCAUUGUAUGUUCCCUCUGCAGAAUCUUUGCAACACCAGAAUGCAACUUAUUUGGAUGGCAUUACGAAAAAUAAUUUAUUACCUUCAUCUUCUUCCUCGUCUGAUCUUCAAUCAAGAUUUUCAAAUCGAUUGAACAGUCUCUCAAAUAGCCAUGAAGAAGCAGAUAGUGACACUGAGUCCAUUGACUUGGAUGAGAAAAUGGAAUCUCCUUUAGAAUCUAAAUCUCAUGUUGCUAUCGACGAGAAGCCAAUGCAAGAAAGUAAAAAAGAAUCCAAGUCAUCUAAAGAGACUAAACAAGACAUAAACAAAGUGGAAAAGCUGACAAAGCAAGACAAGAAGAACGCCCAAGAAUCUCGUACUAAACAAGUGUUAGCUCAAGAAGUGCCAACAUCAAAGAAAAGAGAUCUCCAAAUGGCUGACGUAACUUUAGCAGAGGAAAAAGGAACAACACCAUCCAAAAAGAGAGAUGCCGUGACUAAUUCUUCAAUUUUAGAUAAAAUCAAAGAAAAGAAGAGUAAGCAACGAAAAUUAGAAAGCGAUGAAGACAAGAAAGUACAAGUUAAACAAGAGACACCCAAGAAAACCACGAGCCAAACACCUCCACAAGGUUCUAGUUCAAAACUUGCUCCUAACAAUGCAGAAGACUUUGAAGAUGCUGCUAAAUUCAGUUCUGAAUCUGAUGACGAUGGUGAGGAUGUUUCCAAUAUUAAGUUGGUGGAUAACGAUGAUAUUGGCGAUGUCUCUGCAUUGGAUCUUCACUUUUAA